AUGGCUUACCACAAAGUUCUCGCAGCAGUUUUCUUUGUGUUAAUAGGAUUAUUAGGGAUAUGCUCUGCCAAAAGAUCCCUCCUUACUCUUGAAGCACAUAUUUCUUCAGGCGGCUACGGUGGUGGCCAUGAUGCUGUUGCUGGUGUUGGUAUUGGUGUAAAUGGAGGGUAUGGUGGUGGAGGUGGCUCAGGUGGUGGCGGUGGUUCUGGCUCUGCAUCUACAGAAGAGAAUGGGGAAGUGGCCAAUGGCCAUGGAGGUGGUGCAGGGGGUGGAGAAGGUGGUGGUGCUGGCUACGGCGGUGCUACUGGACAUGGUGGUGGUGGUGGAGGUGGCAAUGGCGGUGGUGCUGGUGCUGGAGGAGCUGGAUAUGGAAGUGGUAGUGGAGAAGGUGGUGGUGGUGGAUACGGAAGUGGUGGUGGAGGGAAAGGAGCAAGCGGUGGCGGCGGUGGUGGUGGUGGAGUUGGAGGCGGAGGAGGAGGAGGGUCUGGUGCUAGUGGUGCUGGACAUGGAGGGGGUGAAGGAGCUGGCUAUGGUGGAGGCUAUGGAGAAGGAAAUGGAGGAGGUGGUGGUGGCGGCGGCGGUAGUGGUGGGGGAGGUGGAGGAGGUUCUGGUGCUGGAGGUGCCCAUGGAGGCGGAUAUGGUAGUGGUGGUGGAGAAGGAGCUGGAACUGGUCAUGGAGGCGGAGCAGGUGGGUCUGGUGGUGGGGGUGGUGGUGGCGGCAGCGGCGGUGGUGGGGGUGGUGGCGGUUCUGGUGCUGGAGGUGCCAAUGGUGGUGGAUAUGGUAGUGGUGGAGGAGAAGGAGCGGGUCAUGGAGGUGGAACAGGUGGCCCUGGUGGUGGUGGAGGCGGAGGUGGCGGAUCUGGUGGUGGCGGUGGAGGUGGCUAUGGCUCCGUAGGUGAACAUGGUUCUGGGUAUGGUGCAGGUGUUGGGAGUGGUGAGGGUGGCGGUCAUGGUGGUGGCUAUGCUCCUUAG